CAUUCUCAGAGUCAUAACCAAACCACAAAACAACACACCUCGCUCACUUCUUCUUCUUCCUCCUCCUCCCUCUCUCACAAUUUUUAUUUUUUAAUGAUACUAUUUUGUUAUUGUUAUUGAUGGUAUCAUCAUCGGGAAAAAGCAGAGAAAUGGAUAGGGUGAAGGGUCCAUGGAGCCCAGAAGAGGACGAGGCCCUGCGGGCGCUGGUUCAGGCCCACGGGCCUCGAAACUGGUCGGUGAUAAGCAAGUCCAUUCCGGGGAGAUCCGGGAAAUCGUGCCGCUUACGGUGGUGCAACCAGCUCUCGCCGCAGGUGGCCCAUCGCCCCUUCUCGCAGGAGGAGGACGAGGCCAUCAUCAUGGCCCACGCCAAGUUCGGCAACAAGUGGGCCACCAUAGCUCGCCUGCUCAACGGCCGCACCGAUAACGCCGUCAAAAACCACUGGAAUUCCACUCUCAAGAGAAAAUCCUCCGCCGUUAGUGACGACGACGUCGUCACGCAUCGUCAGCCUCUUAAAAGAUCCAACAGCGUCGGCCCGGCCCACUUGAACCCUGCCAGCCCAUCAGUCUCCGAUUUGAGCGAUCCGGGCCUUCCCGCUCUGUCAAACCCCUCACCUUCGGCCCAUUACAUGCCCAAUCUCAUGGAAACUGCUUCUUCCGCUCCCGAUCCAGCCACGUCACUUAGUUUGUCUCUCCCUGGGUUCACUGUACCUCAACCAGUGUCUCCGCCGCCGCCGCCACUGCCACUGCCGGCGGAGACGGUGGAGGAGCGAGGGAAGCAAAUGUUCAACGCGGAGUUCUUGAGAGUGAUGCAAGAGAUGAUAAAAAAGGAAGUGAGGAGUUACAUGUCAGGGAUGGAAGAACAGAAGAAUGGGUUCAGAAUGCAAACCGAAGCGAUUGGGAACGCGGUGGUGAAGCGCAUGGGAAUUAGCAACAUCGAGUGAAGAAAAAGAAAACGGUGUCGUUUCGAGAUUCGAAUCAAGCCAACUGGCACAAGAAUGAUGAUGAAUCACAAGAGUAGGAGAAAAGUGAGAACCGAGAAUGGGAAACGGUGUUUUUUUUUUUCAAUUUUUUAUUUUAUUUUGUAGUUAACUUUAAAUUUUAAGUUUAAUUUCCCUUUACUUAAGGGUAAAAAAUAGGUAAUAAUUUUGGCACUGUACAGAACCUCAGAACAGAAGUAAAGGAUGAUAAUCAAUCAAAUAGUGCUUUUUCCUGUUAAACAGUAGUAAUCUAUAUCUUCUUAGUAACAAAAGAACUACCACUUGUGCACACGUUACGCUUUCUCGAAUUUUUAUCAAUAAAAUAAUCAAUUUUCCUUUUGGUUUUG